AUGCCUCAUUCUCACGCCCACCAUCCCAACAGCGCCUCCGCAAGACGGUCCCCCUCGCUCAACCGAUCCUUUACGCUGUCCACAGCCCACGUCGACGCCCACAGCCGGGCGCCAUCCGAGGGCAUGGAAAAGUUCCCCGACCACAUCGACGCCCACCUCACCACGAGCCUGCCGUCUCGGGGCACCAGUCCGGCGCGGGGCCAUGGCUAUGCGAGCGCCAACGGCCUCGACGGACCGCGCGACAACUGGCAGCCGCGAAGGGAGAGCCGUGUCCGCUUCGGCCCGCCAGGCCAGCCAGGCCAGCCAGGCCAACCGCCCGUCACGCCGCACGCCCGCGGCGGCCACGGUCGCCAGAAGAGCCUCAGCGACGCCUUUCGCACCAUCCGUUCUAGGCAGGGGAGCGUCAGCCAGAACGCACACGAGAUCGCCGACGCCCUGCGUGCGCCUGUCUCGCCCACCUUGGUCAUCCUCUGCCUGCUGUGGUACGCCUCGUCCGCGUUGACCAACACAUCCUCCAAGUCCAUCUUGACGGCCUUCGACAAGCCGGCCACCCUGACCCUCGUGCAGUUCGCCUUUGUCGCCACCUACUGCCUGCUGUUCGCCUGGCUCGCCUCCGUCUUCCCCCGGCUGAAGACCAGCAUCCCGGCCCUGAAGCACGGCAUCCGAUACCCGACCCACGACGUCAUCAGGACGACGGCGCCCCUCGCUGCCUUUCAGAUCAUCGGCCACCUCCUGAGCUCCUCGGCCACCUCCAAGAUCCCCGUGUCGCUCGUCCACACCAUCAAGGGGCUCUCGCCCCUCUUCACCGUCCUCGCCUACCGCUUCGUCUUCAACAUCCGCUACUCGCGCAACACGUACCUCUCGCUCGUGCCGCUGACCCUGGGGCGUCAUGCUCGCCUGGCUCCGGCAAAGCACACGGCCUACGGCGGCGAGCUCGUCGGCGUCAUCUACGCCUUCCUCGCCGCCAUAGUCUUCGUCACCCAGAAACAUCUUCUCCAAAAAAGCUGUUCAACGAGGCCGCCAAGGCCCGAGGCCGGCCGGCCCUGUCGGCGCGGUCCAAAAGCUGGGACAAGCGUGAACCUCCUGUGCUACUCCCUCCGGCAUGGCCCUUUUGUCAUUCACCGUGCCCCAUCUGGGUCUGGAGGGGGGGCCUCGGCAUCUUGGGGCGAAGUCGCUUGA